UUUCUACAAACACCGUAGCGAAUCGUGCAAUUUCCUUCUCUUCCUCUGAAGCUCGCUUUUCUUUGCUUUGUCUCUCUCUUUCGAAAUGGAUUGAUUCAUACACAAUUUUCACUCUCUUUCUUCCAUUUUCUGUCUCUUUCUCGACCAACAAACACUCUUUUUUUUUUUUUUUUUCCCUCUCUCUCUCUCUCUCUCUAGGGUUUCGUAAACAGGGGCUUCCCAGUUGUUAGGAAAAAGGAGAUAGUAUUUUAGACGAAUACAGAAAUUGUAGGGUUUUCUUCGGACUUUUUUUCACGCUGCAAAUAAAAAGAAGCUUGUUUCGGGUUUUUGUGAUCGUGGAAGUCGUAAUUUCAUUUUCGGCGAAGGAUUAGAACCUCUCUGUUAGUCUUCGGCCAUGGUGGAUCGUCUUUAAGCUCGGGACUGUCCGUCGAUUGCAUUUGCUUAAAGGUUGUAACAGGUUGUCAAGAAAAGAAAGUCUUGUUGCCAGUUUAGAAUUUUUGUUGGUGAAUGUUUUGUGGUUGAUUAUGAAUGAUUGUUGCUAUGGACCUGAAUGCCUCACCAGUCCCUGAAGAAGAUGACGAGACUUUUGAAGGGCAUAUAGAAGAAUACAGUGCACCUGAAGAACGUGUAGAGACUGCAGUUGAUAUAGCACGUCGGGAGCGUGAAGAAAGGCGUAGGAGACUGAAAAGAGACCGCUCAGAUGACAGGCCAAUGCAUGCUUCUCAACCACAUGUAUAUGACUAUCAGUCAUAUCAAACAAAAACCCUUAAAUCGUAUGAUAAAAGUAGGCUGCCCCCUGGUUGGCUGGAUUGUCCUGCAUUUGGUCAAGAAAUAGCUUACAUAAUUCCUUCAAAGGUUCCACUGAGUGAGGCCUAUAAUGAUAGUAUUCCUCCUGGUCGAAGAUACUCAUUUAAACAGGUGGUUCACCAACAAAGGGUUUUAGGAAGAAAACUAGGUCUAGUGAUUGAUUUGACAAAUACUACACGUUACUACUCAACGCAAGAUCUGAAGAAAGAUGCUAUUAAACAUGUGAAGAUUCAGUGCAAAGGCCGGGACUCUGUCCCUGAAAAUUCAUCUGUUAACCAGUUUGUGUAUGAGGUCUUACAAUUUAUAUCUCGUCAGCAACACUCAAAGAAAUACAUUCUUGUCCAUUGUACACAUGGGCACAAUCGUACAGGAUAUAUGAUUGUGCACUACCUUAUGCGAACGCGGUUAAUGUCAGUAACUGAGGCAAUAAAAACUUUUGCGGAAGCACGCCCUCCCGGAAUCUACAAACCAGACUAUAUUGAUGCAUUAUAUACAUUUUAUCAUGAAAGAAGGCCUGAAAUGGUUGUUUGCCCGCCGACUCCAGAAUGGAAGAGAUCUUCUGAUCUUGAUCUUAAUGGUGAAGCAGUGGCAGAUGAUGAUGAUGAUGGAGUUCCAGCUUCUCCUUCGCAUGGGCCACAGGAGUCAGAUGUAGUAAUGACAAAUGAUGAUGUUUUGGGAGAUGAGAUACCAUGGGACCAGCAAGAUGCAUUCCGGCGGUUUUGCUAUCAAACACUUAAGUUACCUGUUGGGGCAAGAGGAAUCACUCAAUUUCCAGGGUCACACCCAGUUUCUCUCAACAGGGAAAACUUACAACUGCUGAGGCAACGCUAUUAUUAUGCCACAUGGAAAGCUGAUGGGACAAGAUAUAUGAUGCUAAUUACUAUGGAUGGGUGCUAUUUGAUUGAUAGGAAUUUUAACUUUAGGAGGGUUCAGAUGAGAUUUCCUUGCAAAUACACAAAUGAAGGUUUAGGUGAGAGGAUUCAUCAUUUUACAUUACUUGAUGGGGAGAUGAUAAUUGAUACAUUACCAGAAUCACAGAAGCAAGAGAGAAGAUACCUUAUCUAUGAUCUGAUGGCUCUUAACAAAGAAUCUGUAAUAGAGCGGCCUUUCUACGAACGGUGGAUGAUGCUUGAGAAAGAAGUCAUUGAACCUCGUAAAUAUGAUCGCAGCCUAUUUAGGGAUUUUUAUAGAUAUGAUUUGGAGCCAUUCAGGGUGAGAAGGAAGAAUUUUUGGUAUCUACCAACCGUUAGCAAAAUUUUGAAGGAUUUCAUUCCAAAGCUAUCACAUGACGCAGAUGGUCUUAUUUUUCAGGGCUGGGAUGAUCCAUAUGUUCCCCGUACUCAUGAAGGCCUUUUAAAGUGGAAAUAUGCCGAGUUGAACUCGGUUGACUUUCUAUUCGAGAUAGGUGAUGACGAUCGUCAGUUACUGUUUCUUUAUGAACGAGGAAAGAAAAAACUGCUGGAAGGAAAUAGGGUUGAAUUUAAAGGUGGUUCAGAUCCAUCUUUCUAUGUGGGGAAAAUUAUUGAGUGUUCUUGGGAUUCUGAAAAACAGAAAUGGUGCUGCAUGCGGAUCAGGACGGAUAAAUCGACUCCAAAUGAUAUCAACACUUACAAGAAGGUCAUGCGAAGCAUAAAGGAUAACAUCACAGAGGAUUUCUUGUUGCAGGAGAUUGAAGAGAUCAUUUGCCUGCCUAUGUAUGCUGAUAGGAUUCAGAAUGACAAUAAAAUGAUUGCAGCUGCUAAAGCGAAUUUAGCGCGGAGAAGGUGAUAAAGAGGGCCGAGCAACAUCCAAAAUUUACUCUCAAGGUUUUUAUUAGAAAAGCUCGGUAUGGAAGUGCACCCUCCCAACUGCCAGUGCAGGUCAAUAAAAGUUAUUUUUACUUUUGAGAUUAGGUUUGUCUCCAGCAUAUAUCAUGGGACGGGUUCACAGAGAUAUUUUGUGUAAUUAACUACGCCUAGCUAAAAAAAAAAAUUUGUAGUGAGUGCGGUGCUGGUGAGUUAUAUAGAUCCAGUUGGUACCCUUGAAUAGUCCUUGUCGUCAGAAUCAGGGCCAAAUUAUUUCGUUAUGAUAGUUAUCCAGAUCAGAUCAGAAUCACAAGUAGGAAUUAGGGUAGCCAUGUAUGUCAAUAUUAUGACUUGUCAUUGCUAAGUUGCCUAAAAUGCCUAUUUUCGCCUUUGUUUUUUUAUUUUUAUUUUUUAUUUUUUCCCUUUCAAUGUGAAUAUAACUUCCAAAAAACCUCGAAUGCCUCUUCUCUA